GCCGGAAGUAGAUGGCGUUUGAGGCGGAUGUCUGUCGGUGUGCCGAUGACCGCUGAUCACUAGGAUUCACCACUAUGGCUGGAGUUGCCAUGUUUCGAAGUGUUUGCUUGUGGAACAGAAACCACCUCCUGUCAUCACUGUGGAAUCGAGGUGAUUCAGUGGCAAAGCACAGAGCUCUGUCUCUGGGCUCCAUUCCCCUCUGCAACCAGGCAAGCGGCCAGUAUAAUCUCUUAGUGCCACAUGCUAAGAUCCAUGCUUCUUCAGCUACCCAUGCCGGGCAUAACAAGUGGUCAAAGGUGAAACAUAUCAAAGGGCCAAAAGACACUGCCAAGAGUCAGAUGUUUGCCAAGCUCGCAAUUAUGAUUCGCUUUGCUGUGAAAGAAGGAGGUCCAAAUCCUGAGUUUAACACUCAGCUGGCAAACCUCAUUGAGCAGUGCCGAGCCAAGAACAUGCCUAAGGCAUCUAUUGAAGCUGCAAUUAAAGGUGCAAAAUCUAAGGCUUCAAUCUAUUCGCUGUAUGAAGCAAGAGGUCCAGGGGGGUCGUCCCUGCUCAUUGAAGUCCUCACGGACAACAACAGCCGAACUCUUCAGCAACUAAAGAGCAUUCUGAACAAAAAUGGGGGAAUAAUGAGCGAUGGAGCACGCCACUGUUUUGAUAAGAAAGGAGUGGUGAUGGUGAAUGGUCAGGGCAUUCAGCUGGAACGUGCUCUGGAACUGGCAAUUGAAUCUGGAGCAGAAGAUGUUGAACAGGUUGAGGAUGAAGAAGAUAAAGUCAUGCUGAAGUUUAUUUGUGACUUGUCCUCAUUGCGAGAGGUCCGAGAGAGGUUGGAUGCACUGGGACUGCUAAGUAUUAAUUCUGGACCUGAGUUUAUCGCCACCACGACUGUUCAGCUCACGGAUAAAGAUUUGGAGGCAGCUUUCUGCUUGAUUGAACUGAUUGAUGAGAAUCAGGACGUUAUUAAAGUAUAUGACAACAUAAGGUUGCAAAGUUAACUGAACAGAAGAGGGCUUUCUGCAUAUUCUGAUACAAUACUGAAUGCAACGGAACACAAGUUUGUACUGAGACUGUACAAGAUCAUGUCAAAGUUUCCAGUGUGUGCUCUCUACAUUGCCAACAAUUUAGCUUCAAAACAAGAAUGUGCUGCAGCUGUAAAGUUGCAGUUGUGUAACUAAUGGUAGUUACUAAACGUGCAUCUUUAUCCAUUGGUUUUCAUCCUCUCAUAGAACAGUACAGCACAGAACAGGCCAUUCAGCCCAUGAUGUUCUGCCAACCUUUUAACCUAUUCCAAGAUCAACCUAACCCUUCCUUCCUUCAUAGCUCUCCAUUUCUCUUUCAUCCAUGUAUCUAAGAGUGUCUUAAGUGUCCCUAAUGUAUUUGCCUUCACCCUAUCCCUGGCAGUGUUCCAUGUAUCUUCUACUCUGAGUAAAACAACCUACCUCUGACAUUCCCCCUAUCUGCCCCUCCAAUCAACUUAAAAUAAUGCCUGCUCGUAUUAGCCAAUUCCACACUAGGAAAAAGUCUCUAGCUGUCCACUCUAUCUUUGUAUACCUUUAUCAAGUCACCUCUCGCCUCCUUUUUUUCCAAAGAGAAAAGCCCUAGCUCGAUCAAACUAUCCUCAUAAGAUAAUGCUUUCUAGUCUGGGCAGUCUCUGCAUCCUCUCUGAAGUUUCCAUAUCCUUCCUAUUUUGAGACAACCAGAACUGAACUCAAUACUCCAAAUAUUCCAACCUCCCCUGAAGAUUUCUGUGGUACAGUACCACAACCGUCAUUUGCUUAGCAGCCCCUCUUCCUUUUUGCGAUUUUCCAUGUAUGUGUCACAGGUGACACAGCCCAGUCCAAUACUGUAUUCAGGAUUAGUUCAUCAGCUGAAGAGGGGAUAAAUCCUGGUGACCAUUAAGGUGAUUGUUGCACUGGAGUCCUCGUGUGAUGAUAAAGAAGGGUCAAUGACUUGCUCAUAGCUGGCUCUUCACAAGAAGGAGGAAAUCAGCCAUAUUUUUAACAUUCUGAAAUAUUUGAUCAACUUUCAAACGUUUUUGUGGAUUUUGUGCAUGAGCUGAACAUUUUUGCUAACUAUAAUAAAUAUGUCACUUCUUGGGAUUAUUUCAGGCAUCAGGCCCCAGUAGAUGUGAUGCAGAGCUCUUUCUGAAAUCCCCCGAUUAAAUAACAGAACAGAAACUAAGUACAGUGGAUUCGAGUGAAUUGGGACACAAAGGGACCAGUACAUUUUGCCCCAAUUAGCCGAAGCUUCACGGAAAUAGUUAAAAAGGUAUUAAAAAAAAGACAAACUGAAUAACAAAUUAUGUAUUUAAAUUAAAUACAAAACAAAUUAGAACACUACCAAUACUACCGCAGUACCAUAAAAUUGUGUAUAAGUUUCUAAUACUUAUCGACAGAGGAAUUCAUCCGCAUUGUGGUCUUUUGACUGUAAAUGAAUAAAAUCUCUGCAGAUACCCAGUGCAGGUGGUGGACUGCCUCCAUAUAAUGCUAUCAUUGUAACAUUCAAGAUGAUUGUCUAUACCUUCUAAUUCUUCGUAGUUCCUAAUUGUUGAAGUAGUGAAAUCGUUUCAUUUUCACUCCCAGUUGUUUCCGGCAUCUUCAAGCAUGAAUGCUUGAAACUGCAGUGAACAAAACGGUUUUGAAUUGUCUUACUGCUUAUUUCUCACCAACUAUCACUGACAAAAAUCACUUUUUUGAACCCAAACACAUGCAACUGAUGCUAUUUAAAAACCUUACUUUAAGCACGGUGUAGCAUCUAACAACCACACAAGUGUGCACGACUGACUGUAGUUAGAACCUGUUCUGCAACAGUCUCCUGCCCCAAUCAAGCAGCAUAGUGUCCCAAAUAAAGGGAAUCCCAGUUAUUUUCUCAAUUAGUUUUUGUUCAAGAGUUGUCCCAAAUAAGCAGCUCCCCUAAUUAACCAAUGGCCCAGUUAACUGGAAUCCACUAUGAUACCAAUGUUUGUCUUUAUUUUGUAAGAUGUAACUGAGUAGGUAGCACUCUUAUUCCUGCCUUGACCUCAGACUAACAGUAUGCCACUUCUACCAACAGGCCUGUCCAUGAAAUAGUAUCUAGGUUCCAGUUCCACCAGUUUCUGCAGGAUGGUAAGAGGAGAAAAUAAGAAAUAGAACUGGUAUUUGCUUUCAUGUAUUAAUCAAAUUUUCAAGAUGUGGGCAGUCUGAGAUCAGUGUAUUGCCCUUGAGAGAAGUGGUGGCAAGUUACCUCAAACCACUGUAGUCCUGUGCAGGUCUCUCACAGGAUUUAGGACCAAUGUUCUAAUUCCAGUCAGGAUGAUGGUGAGGAAUGGUGUUCCUGGUGGUAGAAGUUUAUGAAGGGCCUGGGCAAAUACUUAGUGUCUUUUGUAGGUAGUACACACUGCACUGAAUAUGGAGGGAAUGAAUGUUUAGGUGGUAGAUGAGGUACCAGUUAAAUAUGGUCUUAGAUGAUGUUUGUUUUCUUGAGACUUGUUGGAGCUGCACUCAUCCAAGCAAGUAAAGUUCCAUCACAUUCCCAGAUUGUGCCUUAUAGAUGGGGGAGAGGCAUUGGCAUGGGCCAUUAGGGAUGUCACGGUAGUGUAUCAGUUAUUAUAGCUCAGGGCUUCCGAGGUGGGAGUUUUAUCCUGGCAUCCUCUGUAAGGAGAUUGUACAUCCUCCCUGUGACCACGUGGGUUUCCUCCCACAGUACAAAGACAUACCAGUUAGUGGGUUAAUUGGUCAUCGUAAAUUAUCCCAUGAUCAGGCUAGGGUUAAAUCCGGGGUUGCUGGGCAUUGUGUCCCAAAAGGGCCUUUUCCACACAGUAGCUCAAUAAAAUAAAUAAAUGAAUGGCAGGUGGGUCACCUGCACCAGGAUGUCUAGCCACAGUCCUGUUCCUGUAACUAUAUAUUUACCUGACUUCAGGUUAAGUUUCGGGUCAGUGGUAGCCCCUAGGACCAGGAGUUCCCAACCUGGAGUCCGCGGACCCUUUGUUUAAUGGUAUUGGUUCAUGGCAUAAAAAAGGUUGGGAACCCCUGCCCUAGGAUAAUGAUAUUGGGGGAUUGGGAAUGCCAUUAAUGUCUCGACUUGGUGGUUAGAGAUUGUCAUUGGCUAGCAUUUUUGUGGUCUGAAUGUUACUUACUAAUUAUCACUUCAGACCAUUAGCCUAACAUGAUACCAAUCUAAGCUAAUCCCAUCUGUCUGCAUGUGGUCCAUAUUGUUCCAGUCCCCGCCUGUCUAAAUGCCUCUUAAGCGUACUGUCAUAGCUGCUUCCAUCACCUUCACUGGCAGCACAGUCCAGGUAUUUACUAAUCACUGUUUUUUUAAAAAAAAAUUGCCUCAUCUCCAUUAAACUUUUCCCCUCAGCUUAAAUCUGUAUCUAUCAUUUAAUGUACUUUUAUUAUGUCACUCCCUCGGUCUCUGGCACAGUGAAAGCAAUUCAGGUUUGUCCACUUUGCCUUGCUACAACCAGUGAAGGCAAAUAUGUUAAAUGCUACCUUUACUAUCAUAUCCACUUGUGUUGCCACUUUCAGGGAGCUGCACCCCAAAAUCCCUGUAAACAUCAAUGCUCCGAAGGCCCCUGCCAGUGUGUACCUUCCUCUUGCAUUUGACCUCCCAAACUACAACACCUCACACUUGUCCAAACCAUAAGACCAUAAGUUAUAGGAGCAGAAGUAGGCCAUUUGGUCUGUCAAAUCUGCUCCACCAUUCAAUCAUGGGCUGAUCCAAUUCUUCUGGUCAUCCCCACUCCCCUGCCUUCUCCCCAUACCCUUUGAUGCCCUGGCUAUUCAAGAACCUAUCUAUCUCUACCUUAAAUGUACCCAAUGACUUGGCCUCCACAGCCGCUCUUAGCAGCAAAUACCACAGAUUUACCACCCUCUGACUAAAGUAAUUUCUCCGCAUCCCAGUUCUAAGUGGAUGUCCUUCAAUCCUGAAAUCGUGCCCUCUUGUCGUGGACUCCCCUACCAUGGGAAAUAACUGCCAUAUUUAAUUUUUUCAGGCCUUUUAACAUUCAGACUGUUGAUUCAUUCUCCUGAACUCCAGGGAAUACAGCCCAAGGGCUGCCAGACAUUCCUCAUACGGUAACCCUUUCAUUCCUUGGAUCAUUCUCGUGAAUCUUCUUUGAACCCUCUCCAAUGUCAGUAUAUCCUUUUGAAAAUAAGGAGCCCAAAACUGCACACAAUACUCUUAAGUGUGGUCUCAGAAGUGCCUUAUAGAGCCUCAACAUCACAUCCCUGCUCUUAUAUUCUAUACUUCUCGAAAUAAAUGUCAACAUUGUAUUCGCCUUCUUCACCACCAACUCAACCUGGAGGUUAACCUUUAGGGCAUCCUGCACAAGGACUCCCAAGUCCCUUUGUAUCUUUGUAUCAUCGACAAAUUUAGCCACAAAUCCAUUAAUUCCAUAGUCCAAAUCAUUGACAUACAUUGUAAAAAGCAACGGUCCCAACACUGACCCCUGUGGAACUCCACUGGUAACCGGCAGCCAGCCAGAUAGGAUCCCUUUAUCCCAACGUGUACCAAGACUUCUGGCUGUUCACCCUCUCCCUUCAGAAUACUCUGCACCCCAUCCAAGACAUCCCAUAUCCUGGCAGCUGGGAGGCAACACACCAUGUGGGCAUCUCUAUCAGACUGACAGAACCUCCUGUCCAUUCCCCUCACUAUGGAAUCCCCUAUGACUACUGCAUUCCUCAUCAUCUUCUCUUCCUUCUGCACCAUAGAACCAGGCUCAGUGCCAGAGACCUGAUUGCCGUGGUCAUCCUCUGUCAGGUCAACCCCAUCAACAGCGUCCAAAAUGAGAUAACGAUUACUGAGGGGGAUGGCCACAGGGCUGCUCUCUACUAUCUGAGCUCUUCCCAUCCCUUCCCUGACAGUCACCCACUUGUCUAACUCCUGCAGCUUCAGGGUGAUUAACUCCCUGUAGCUCCUAUCUAUCUUCUGCUCACUUUCCCUUAUAAGCUAUAGACAAAACUCCGUCUGCCAUUUCUCUUCACAACUUUCCACCUGAUCUAUAUCCUACCUUAUCCUUUGACAACCUUCCUCACUAUCCACAACUUCACUAGUUUUUAUGUUAUCUGCAAACUUAAUCAGACCACCUACAUUUUCAUCCAGGUCAUAUCUACAUUUUACAAAGAUAAUGGAUCAGUUGUUUCUUUCAGAAAUGCCAAAUUGUUCAUUGUUGGCUGUAUCUGGGCAUGAAGAGAAACACUUCUAUCCUAGGUACAGUAUCAGCAACCUGUGUGACUGUAAGAAAAUAAAGAAGAAUUAGAACACCAGCAUUUGUAGUGCAGUGAACAUUAGCAUCAGCCUGCAGGCAGAUAACCUCUUCCUCGAAUGUCCAGGCAACUGUGAUUGGAACCUCAGUGAAGGUUGCCCCCAAUGGCUGUUUCCAUUAGUGUUUCUGUGAUGGUGUGUAAACACUGAAUUAUAUGGGUUAUACAACAUUCAUAUCUCAUCAUAAUCACCACUGCGUUUCUUUUGCUGCUGUGGAGUAAAUGGCUUAUGAAAUA